GUUACGUUAAAUUCAUAUGUUUAUUAUUAGGGCAUCGCGAUUUAUUUUGAUUCGAUUCGUAGUACAAUGAAGACAAUACAACAUUAACCAUUUUUAGUGUUAAUCAAGAACACCAAGUAUAAAACUAAAUGAAUCUGGGACCAUGACAUCAUGUUGUAUAAUUAGAGGUAAGCAGUAAUCAUGAGUAGCCCAUCUCAGUUCCUGGAGGAUGCCAUAGAGUCAGCCAAGAGGGCUGUGCAAUUUGAUUCGGAUGGCAAAGCAGAACCGGCAGCGUAUUUCUACAAUGUGGCAGCUAGAUUGCUGCUGAAAGCUGCAGAGGCGAGUGAGAACGCUGACAAAUCUGAGUCUCUGAAGGUCAAGGCCCAGGAGUAUGAGGCGAGGGCACAGAGUCUGCAGGAAUUGCAGAAUCAAAGUGGAGAGGAUUUCCAUGAGGAUAUGCACAAGCAGAGGGUGAGGCAGUUCAGGUUUUUGAUACAACAAGCUUUGGAUGCAGAUGGGGCCGAUUUGAAGAGCACUGCCAUUGAGUUGUACACGAAUGCAAUUGAGUUUGUCACCAACUAUCCGGAUCUGAUGCAGAACGAGAUCAAGGAUUUGGUUCUGCAAGCUUUGGAGCGCGCUGAAGAGUUGAAAGGUAUUAAGAAGGAGUCUCCAACUGCUGAGACUUCGCCGGUGCGUAGAACGGCGCCCAGUUUGCAUAGGGGAAGCAGCGCUCAUUUGCAGGUGUCCGGGAAUAAGGAUGUUUACACUGAAGAGGAAAAGCGUGUGCUUUUUCACACAUCGAGGAUUAAUAACAUCGAUUACGUGCCGUUUAUGUCUAUAGAUUUGAAGGAACGUUUCCAAUACGCGUUUCCUUUUACUGAUAAGAACGGACAUCUGGCGCUCUCGCCAAAGCAGAGAAAGGAUUUCUGUAAAUGGAUUAGGCCAGAGGAAAUCUGCAGUGAACCUUGCAUUGUUCUCGGACAGUACCCUGACUACUUCAGCAUCAAGCAAACUGUAGUUUCUGAUUGCUCUUUUGUCGCUUCUUUGGCUGUGAGCGCGAGUUACGAGAAACGUUUUGGGAAGAAACUGGUGACUCCUAUUAUUUACCCGAGAGACAAGAACAAGAAACCCAUGUACAAUCCAUUUGGGAAGUACAUGGUGAAGCUGCACCUGAAUGGAGUUACCAGGAAGGUCAUCAUUGAUGACCAAUUGCCAAUGAACAGGUAUGGGCAGCUGCUGUGCUCAUAUUCCAGUAACAAAUCGGAGUUUUGGAUCUCGCUCUUGGAGAAGGCCUACAUGAAAGUCAUGGGAGGAUACGAUUUUCCUGGAAGCAAUAGUAAUAUAGAUUUGCAUGCUUUGACUGGUUGGAUUCCUGAGAGGAUUUCCAUCAGGAUGAAAGACGCGGAUUUCAAUAGAGACGCUCUCUUCAACACGCUGGAGUCACGGCUGAGUAAAGGAGAUGUUCUUCUGACUGUUGCUACAGGUAUUAUGUCCGAUUCAGAGGCCGAUAGGACGGGAUUAGUGGCGACUCACGCUUACGCCGUCAUGGAUAUAAGAUCGGUGAACGGCGUACGGUUGUUCAAGUUGAAAAACCCUUGGUCACACCUAAGGUGGAGAGGCAAUUACUCCGAAUUGGAUGUCAGACAUUGGACGCCGGAGCUGCAGAACACACUUAGCUACGAUCCGCACAGUGCGGCCCAAUUUGAUAACGGCGUUUUCUGGAUCGACUACGACAGCAUCUGCGCCUUCUUCGAGGUGUUCUACAUGAACUGGAACCCGGAACUGUUCAAAUUCACCUACUGCAUCCACCAGGAAUGGAAAGCUGGAGUCGGACCCAUCAAGGAUAUUUACACGAUCGGAUCGAAUCCGCAGUUCUCGUUGAGCGUGAGCGGUGAAGCUUCCGGCGCCGUCUGGAUUCUUCUCACCAGACACAUCAUGGACAUCGAGGAUUUCAAGGAGAACCACGAGUAUAUAACUCUGAUCGUGUACAAAGGGAACGGCAAAAGGAUUUAUUACCCAAUGGAUCCUCCGCCGUACAUUGAUGGGGUACGAAUCAACAGUCCGCAUUACCUUUGCAAGAUUAUCCUCAGUCCAGGAAUGAGCAGGAAUUACACGUUGGUGGUCUCGCAGUACGAGAAAACGGCUACAAUUUACUACACUUUACGAGCUUUCGCUACAUGUCCCUUCAGUCUCAACAAAAUCAUUGAUCCGUACAAAUUUAAGAAAGAAGUUUGCGGAGAAUGGAGAGGAGUAACAGCUGGAGGCUGCGGAAACCAUCAAGCGACAUACAGGAACAAUCCUAGAAUCAAAAUCGAGAUCGAAUCAAAUUCCAACGAGAACUGUCUCUUUGUGGAGCUCAAAGGGCCGAAGCAGUACCAGAUCGGCUUCGAUUUAACAAUAACCACUUUAGCCGACGAUUCCGUAACGGCUCCAUUUAAAACUAUCUCUUCAGGACCUUACAGAACUGGGAUAGUCGUUCUCGACUUGGAUAACGUCCCUGCUGGCAGUUUAACAUUAACACCUUCGACCUAUCUGCCGAAUCAAGAAGGCCCAUUCAUAUUGACCGUCAAAUGUUCGAAUGCUGUACAAGUCUACAGAGAGAAAUAAUGUUCAACUGUUUUUAAAGAAAAUUUAAUUUUUAUACACCGUGCUUCUUUAUACACCUGUUUUUCUAAUUAAAUAAAUUGUUAUAUUUUC